AUGGAGGAGCUGACGGCCCUCGGGUACGAGUACAAGGACGACGGGCGGCUUGUGCAGGUCGGCACGGACCGAGGGUUCGAAUUCCGCGACCAAGCGCAUUACGACAAGUUGGCCGACGCUGUCUUGCGCUACGUCGGCAAGCUGCUCGUGGACGAGGCGGGGCUGGUCCCGAUGGCGCUGCCGACAGAUGCGGCGGAGGGGGAGCCGCAGACCGUGGUGUUCGCGAGCGAGGGGAUCGAGAAGGCGCAGAAGGUGCUCGUCAUGAUCCAGGGCAGCGGCCGCGUGCGCGUGGGAGUCUGGGGCUGCGCCCUGUGCAUCAACAAGGGCCUGGACCAGGGCACCAUGCUGCCCUACCUGCGGACCGCCGUGGAACGGGGCUACGGGGUCCUGGUGCUCAACCCCAACGACAACCAUGCAGACGGCCGCCCGAUCCGUGGCUCCGAGACCCCCAUGCGCCACGUUGCCUACGCUUGGAAGGCGGUGGUGGAGGGUCGGUGCUUGCCCAGUGCCGCCAUCGACGUCGUUGCGCACAGCAACGGGGGCCGGUGCCUGAUCGACUUCCUGGCCUGCGCGGAGCACGGCAGCGACGUGAACACCCGGGCUCUGGCCACGGACGCGGCCGCCCGCAUCCGCAGAAUCGUGUUCACGGACUCCUACCACGACGCGAGGGUGCUGCCGCUCGAGGAGCUGCCACCGCCGGUGCGGUGCGCCCUGGCGGACGGCACCCGCUGCGUCAACUACGUGCCCAGCUCGGAGCCACUCGGCACGCCCGUGCGCAUGUGGAUUAGCUUGGGCCAGCCGAUGACCCACAAGACAAGGGGUGCCUGUGCCUCUCGGCGGCGGUGGAGGACCACGCCGCCACGAACCAGGCGGUCCUGCAGGCGGCCUUCGAGUUUUUCGCCAAGUGAGCCACCGGGCCAGGCACGAACCUGCGCGCCGCAGCAAGGGUGCGCGAGCGCUGGAGGACCGUCGCGCUGA